UGAUUUGUAAACAAACCGGCAAAAUCGCAAAAUCUCAUGGCAGGAUAUUAAUUUUUAAAAGAAUAAAGAAAAAUCAUCUGAACUAUGGCCUCCAAGCGAUUUGGUACCAUGAAGGACUUCGCCCGAGCCAAGAUUCCCCGCUUGGAUGUCAGUGUCACGCGAGGAUCAUCUCGACCCAGUCCGCCAAGAAACAAUUUCGAUGGAAUUUUUUGGGACGAUGAUGACGACGACGUCAUCCUGAUGGCCACCCAACAGGCGGAGGCGGAAUUGGAGGCAGAAGAGCGCAAGAAGAGAACGGGAUUGGAUGUUGAUAUCGGUCCCAGUCAGGUGACCUUCAGUGAAUUCGCUCCCAUGGGCCAGGGCUCCACUAGCACGCAGCAAAUGUUCCCGCCACCACCGCCGCCCCAGAAAAAGUCCACGUCACUGGACAUGGAUGCUAUUUUCGGGGACGACGACGAUUUUGAUUUCCUGGCUGUGACCCUCAUUGAUACCGAGCCACAAAAGCUGCCGGAACCGAAACCUAGCACAAGCAGAACCAUAAGCUCCAACAUCAGCAUUCAGCAGAAAACCACAACAACGACGACUAUUAAUGCGACGCAAUCCCGCCAGCAGGAGCACCAGAUCAAGUUCCUUAUGGAGCGGAUAGAGGGUCUCAAGCGGGACAAGGCCAAGCUGGAGAAGAAUCUGGGCGAAUGCAACGAACGCAACGUGGUCAAAUCCGGAGAGGUUAGUCUGCUUCGCGAUGAGCUAAAGCACGUGCGCCAGCAGCUGCAGGCCAGCAAAAUGGAAAAACUGGCUUUGGCCGACGAAACGAACCGGGACUGCAACAAAAAAGUGGCUGAGGCUGCCAAGCAGAUAGCGGCCAAGGAUAUCGAGCUAAAGAUAAAAAAUGCCGAGUACACCAAACUGAAGACCCAGCAAAGGGCCCACGAAAAGAGCAUGAACUCCAGCAUGAGCAUUUGGCAGCCUGCUCCAGAUCCGUUCGAGAAGCGGUCCGCACUCCGACUAAACCGGCUCAACAUACACAGAUCUGCGCCUAGAUUAAAAACUGAUAAUGGCAGUAUGUUCGAGUACAGCGAGAAUGCGGAUCAGGGUAGGAAACAGAGUAACCCUUUUGACUUAGAGCUCAAACAACUGCUGCUUUAUUACGCUCAGUUGCAGGCGCAGCCCGUAUCUUUGGAUAAUCUCAUUCCAAGAGUACUCUCCUCCGUCGGCAAAGUGUUCACCGAGUUCGCCUCCUACGCCCAGAGCUUGGACUUUCCGCACAACUGCAUGUUGUACCCUUACAAUCCCCAUAACCUCGAGGAGCAAGUUCAUCGCAUCUCCCUUUCGCAGCAGGGUAGUUUGUAUGAGAACGAAAGGGCUUUGCCGCUGCGUCGCUACAUGGCAACCUUGGCCUUGAUUUGCCGGCAAGAGGAAAGAAUUUCCCGCGCUCUUCUGGAGUGGAAACAAAAUGAUCUUGGACUACUAGAAGUGGCUAUUGAAGCUGUUAUAAAGUUGGGAUUCUCCUACGAAGUCAGUAAACAUUUCGGUUUGCUGGAGGCUUUGGCUUCCCUUCUGAAUAGUCUCUUACAAGAAAAGGAAAUGCUUCAAGAGAGUGAGGAGCACCUCUUUGAUCUUCUCAAGCAGCUGGUUUUUACACGUCCCAGUCCUUGGGUUUUUGCCGAGCUGAGCUCCUGUCUUUUAAGCUGCCUUCGACAUCCGCAACUCAUGUCCAAGAUGUGUGUAAAUAGUCCCAAGCACUGUUUUGUGUCGGAUCGCGUUCGCUCUGUUUAUCGAUUUGGUCCCGAAUCCUGUUUUCUUCAGGUCUAUGCAGGAUUACUUGAGCUUUGUUUCUUUAGUGAAACGCCUCUGAGAGAGGAUCACUUUCAACUGCUUCUGAGAAUCGGAGGAAACCACGUCCGUUUUGCUUUCGAGUGUUUCAAGAACCCGCCGGAUUUCAUUCUGGAAAUGCUGCCGUACUUUGCAGAUGAUGGCGAGGAGGAUUCUGGUAAUGACACUACGGCAAAAAUGGCUGGCAGUUUGAGUUGCAGCACAACGGCAGGGGUGCAGGGAACAAUCUCUAAUGCAUCAUCAUCUUCUUCUGUAUCUAAUUUGAAUCAAAACUCCAAUUCAAACUCAAGCUCAACGCAACGCGCAAAGGACUGCGAGUGCUAUGUGAAGUUGUGCCUCAGUGCGGUCACGAUUAUCUUCCAGGUUAUGCACCAAUGGAUGUUGCACGACAGGAGUUCAGGUUCUGAUGAGGUGGGCGCGAUUUCCCGCAUUGCAGUCCACCUGCUUACUCUCGUGUUCCAUGAGUAUUACCUCACCUGCCUUUUCCUCGACUCCGAGGAGACGACCAAACUUUACCUCAGCCUUAUUUGUAACUGGUGGAGCGAACAUGCAGAGUUGCUUGGAUUUCAGCCAAUACAUUUGCGCUUGCUUGGUCAGUUGGUAAAAGCCCAUUUCAUCUUGAAACCGCUGCAUCAGGAAGCCAAUAUUAAUAAUCCUGGCAACGACCUCCUCGAAUGGAAGCGGAUUGUUAAGAAUGCGGAUGCCCAAAACACGAUUAACUUGGUUCAGAACUUUGAUCCUCGUAAACUGCUCGACAUCAACUUCUUUGGUGCCCUUAAAUGGGAGGAGAACUUGUUUGAAUAGUUAUCGGUUGUUUCGUUUAGGAAUUUUAGCUUAAUCUAAAUAUGUGCAGCAAAUAGAUAACCUUAAAACUCAAA